CAACCUAACCCCGUCAUCUCAUCUCAUCAUAACUCACAAAAGUCCUCUCUUGACUUCUCUCUCUCUCUCUCUGAAUUCUUCUUUACCUUCUCCAUUUCAUCUUCUCAACCUCGUCCAUCUGCUUUCAUUUCAUCCAAUUUCUUAAGAUUAAAAUUGAAUUCGCUCUGAUUCAAAUCAACCAGGAUACAUUCCAAGCUCAUUUGAAUUACUUCAUACUGUCAUGACUUGUUUUUCUUUCUUAUUUGGUAAGAAAGUGUCUUCUGAUAUAAGACGAGAUCCUGAAAUUGACCAAGGACUUUCCGGUAUUCGAAUAAAAGUUUAUACCUACAAAGAACUCAAAAAUGCCUCUGACAAUUUCAGCCCGGCUAAUAAAAUCGGGGAGGGUGGUUUUGGUUCUGUCUAUAAGGGAGUACUAAAAGGUGGGAAGUUAGCUGCUAUUAAAGUUCUUUCAACUGAAUCAAAGCAAGGAGUGAAGGAAUUCUUGACCGAGAUUAAUGUCAUUUCAGAAAUACAGCAUGAAAAUUUGGUUAUACUAUAUGGUUGUUGCGUGGAAGGAGAUCAUCGAAUAUUAGUCUACAAUUACCUCGAGAACAAUAGUCUUGCACAAACCCUUCUAGCUGGAGGUCACAGUAAUAUCUACUUCGAUUGGCAAACGCGAUGUAAGAUAUGUAUUGGAGUUGCACGCGGACUUGCCUUUCUCCAUGAAGAAGUAACGCCGCAUAUUGUUCACAGAGAUAUAAAAGCAAGCAAUAUUCUCCUUGACAAAGACCUUACACCUAAGAUUUCGGAUUUUGGUCUUGCAAAACUUAUUCCAUCAUAUAUGACUCAUGUCAGCACACGCGUAGCAGGAACAAUAGGCUAUUUGGCACCAGAGUAUGCGAUAAGGGGGCAGUUGACUCGUAAAGCAGAUAUUUACAGUUUUGGCGUCCUACUUAUAGAGAUAGUCAGUGGGAGAUCUAACACAAAUGUCAGAUUACCAGUUGCAGAUCAAUAUAUUCUAGAAACGACAUGGGAGCUUUACGAGCGAAACGAAUUGGUACAGUUGGUAGACAUAUCACUAAACGGGGGUUUCGAUCCUGUGGAGGCUUGUAAAAUUCUGAAGAUUGCCCUUCUUUGUACUCAGGACACUCCUAAGCUCCGGCCAACCAUGUCUUCUGUUGUCAAAAUGCUCACCGGAGAAAUUGAUAUUAACGAAAGUAAAAUAACAAAACCGGGGUUGAUUUCAGAUGUUAUGGAUCUUAAAGUUAGAGGAGCUAAGAAAAAUAAAGAUAUAGAGAGUACAUCUUCAUACAAUGCUUCCUCUGGCUCAGAUAGCCAGGGUACUACUACUACUGUGUCAUUGGCUGCUUCUUCAAGUACUGCAACAACUUCAACCUUCACUAUAAAACAUGAUAAAAGCAUGUAACAUCACUACUAGCCUUCAGUUAUUUUCUCAUUGAUAUAAGAUUUUUUAUUUAUUGAGGCGUGUUAUCUCAUGUAAAUUUGUUAUCAAUUCCAUAAUUUUAUGUGUAAAAUUUAUUUGGUAAGGUGCCACUAGGAAGUUUUGUAAAAUGUACUAUGUUGUAACCUUUUUCUAUAAAGAUUACAAAUGAAAUUGAUGAUGUUUUUUUUAUUCUCUAAAAAGUAAGAGAAUAACUUGUUUUUUGAUAGAACUCAGAAAAAAAAAGAAUGAAUAAAACAGUGUAAAGGAAUGUGAAAUGUAGUUUUUGUAUUAAUGGAAGGAAAGGAAAUAGUGAUACUGUAUAACCAGAGCAGAGCUCCUUCAGAGAAUACAAUCUCCUAGUACAAUAAUAACAAUAAUCGUGCGUGAGUCUAACCAACACUCCCCUCCUCCCUAUAUCUCUCACUACUAACAAACUCCCUAAGAAUCAGGGAUUUCCUUUGCCACGUCACUAACAGAAUUAUUCCUCACUUUCUUACCCCUGCGCACAUAUACUCUUCAAACAGCAGGAUUGGGCCUUUCAUUAGUAACAGGCCCAAUAGUAGUGGUUCUAUCAUUACCUUCCCCAGAAACAACAACCUUGUCCUCAAGGCUGAGAGAAGGGAACUGACUUUUUAAAACCGAC